AUGGUCGAUGCAUUCCGUGAAUAUCUGCGGUUUCCAACAGUUCAGCCAGAUCCUGAUUAUGGUCCUGCAGUAAAAUUUCUUUCUGAUUUAGCCUUUGGAAUAGGGCUCCAGCCUACUGUUUUAGAACUUCAUCCAACAAAACUGAUUCUCGUAAUAAAGUGGGAAGGGAAUGACCCUGAAGCGGAAUCAAUUUUACUGAAUUCUCACAUGGACGUUGUUCCAGUGUACAAAGAGAAAUGGACGUUUGAUCCAUUUAGUGCAGAAAUGGACAAUGACGGGAACAUCUAUGCACGUGGAAGUCAGGAUUUUACUGACGUCAGAUAUUUAGAAGCUAUCAGAAAUCUCAUUAAAGAAGGUUAUGUUCCUCGUCGAACUAUAUACGUCAGCGUAGUACCGGACCCCGCAUUGACACUGGGGGACGUAACAACUAUUAAUUUAACCGUUCUUGAAGGCGGCGUACAGACAAACGUUGUCCCUGCUACUCUUUCUGAACCGAUGGAAGAUAUCUUCGCGGAGUACAUGGUUAAAUCUAACAAUAAACAGGCUGGACUUCCAGUCCUCGGCUUUUCCCCGAUGAAUAACACCCCUGUGCUUCUUCAUGACCAUGAUGAGUAUCUAAACGUUGAUACCUUUUUGCGAGGAAUUGAUAUCUAUCAAAUCAUUCUCCAAAAAAUAUCAACUUAA